GCGUCAUGGAGGCAGAGCAGCGGCCGGCUGCGGGGGCCGGCGAAGGGGCGACCCCCGGGCUGGACGUGGCGCCGUCCGCUGCUUCGGCUCCUUCGGCCGCUGCCUCAGGUCCGAUCCCCGGAGCUGCGCCCGAGCCCAAGAGGAGGCAGCUCGGGACACUGCUCCAGCCCACGGUCAACAAGUUCUCUCUGCGAGUGUUCGGCAGCCACAAAGCCGUGGAGAUCGAGCAGGAGCGGGUGAAGUCAGCCGGGGCCUGGAUCAUCCACCCCUACAGCGAUUUCCGGUUUUACUGGGAUCUGAUCAUGUUGCUGCUGAUGGUGGGCAACCUCAUCAUCCUGCCCGUGGGCAUCACUUUCUUCAAGGAGGAGAACUCCCCGCCCUGGAUUGUCUUCAACGUCCUCUCGGAUACUUUCUUCUUGCUGGAUCUGGUGCUCAACUUCCGCACUGGCAUUGUGGUGGAGGAGGGCGCGGAGAUCCUGCUGGCCCCGCGGGCCAUCCGUACACGCUACCUGCGCACCUGGUUUCUGGUUGACCUCAUUUCCUCCAUCCCUGUGGAUUACAUCUUUCUCGUGGUGGAACUGGAGCCCAGGCUGGAUGCCGAGGUCUACAAAACGGCCCGGGCCUUGCGCAUCGUCCGCUUCACCAAGAUCCUCAGCCUGCUGCGGCUGCUCCGCCUCUCCCGCCUCAUCCGCUACAUUCACCAGUGGGAGGAGAUCUUUCACAUGACCUAUGACCUGGCCAGCGCUGUGGUUCGCAUCUUCAACCUCAUCGGGAUGAUGCUGCUGCUGUGCCACUGGGAUGGCUGUCUGCAGUUCCUGGUCCCCAUGCUGCAGGACUUCCCUCCCGACUGCUGGGUGUACAUCAACCGCAUGGUGAACCACUCCUGGGGCCGCCAAUACUCCCACGCCCUGUUCAAGGCCAUGAGCCACAUGCUGUGCAUCGGCUAUGGGCAGCAAGCACCUGUGGGCAUGCCCGACGUCUGGCUCACCAUGCUCAGCAUGAUCGUGGGUGCCACAUGCUAUGCCAUGUUCAUCGGGCAUGCCACUGCCCUCAUCCAGUCCCUGGAUUCUUCCCGGCGCCAGUACCAGGAGAAGUACAAGCAGGUGGAGCAGUACAUGUCAUUCCAUAAGCUGCCUGCUGACACGCGGCAGCGCAUCCACGAGUACUAUGAGCACCGCUACCAGGGCAAGAUGUUUGACGAGGAGAGCAUCUUGGGCGAGCUGAGUGAGCCGUUGCGGGAGGAGAUCAUCAAUUACACCUGCCGGGGCCUGGUGGCCCACAUGCCGCUGUUUGCCCACGCUGACCCCAGCUUCGUCACCGCGGUGCUCACCAAGCUGCGCUUUGAGGUCUUCCAGCCGGGGGACCUCGUGGUGCGUGAGGGCUCCGUGGGCAGGAAGAUGUACUUCAUCCAGCAUGGGCUGCUCAGCGUGUUGGCGCGUGGUGCCCGCGACACCCGCCUCACUGAUGGAUCCUACUUUGGGGAGAUCUGCCUCCUGACUCGGGGCCGGCGCACAGCCAGUGUGCGGGCUGACACCUACUGCCGCCUCUACUCUCUCAGCGUGGACCACUUCAACGCUGUCCUCGAGGAGUUCCCCAUGAUGCGCCGGGCCUUUGAGACUGUGGCCAUGGAUCGACUGCGCCGUAUUGGCAAGAAGAACUCCAUCCUGCAGCGGAAGCGCUCGGAGCCGAGCCCGGGCAGCAGUGGUGGCCUCAUGGAGCAGCACUUGGUGCAACACGACAGGGACAUGGCUCGAGGGGUCCGGGGCCUGGCCCCAGGCACAGGAGCUCAGCUGAGUGGAAAACCAGUGCUGUGGGAGCCCCUGGUGCACGCACCCCUGCAGGCAGCAGCUGUGACCUCCAACGUGGCCAUUGCCCUGACUCACCAGAGAGGCCCUCUGCCUCUCUCCCCUGACUCCCCGGCUGUCUUCCUUGCUCGCUCUGCUCGGCGCUCAGCGGGUUCCCCUGCCUCCCCGCUGGUGCCUGUCCGAGCUGGUCCUCUGCUGGUCCGAGGACCCUGGGCAUCCACCUCUCGCCUGCCUGCCCCUCCUUCCCGAACCCUCCAUGCCAGCCUGUCCAGGGCUGGUCGCUCCCAGGUGUCUUUGCUGGGUCCUCCCCCAGGGGGAGGAGGACGGCGGUUGGGACCUCGGGGCCGCCCCCUCUCAGCCUCCCAGCCUUCGCUGCCUCAGCGGGCAACAACAGGUGAUGGCUCUCCUGGGCGCAAGGGCUCAGGAAGUGACCGCCUACCCCCCUCAGGGCUCCUGGCUAAGACUCCAGGGACAGCUCAGUCCUCUAGGCCGCCAGUGCCAGAGUCAGCCAUUCCCCGGGGCCCCCAGCUCUCUGCCAACAUGUGA